UGAUGUCAAAUCUCCAGAACGCGCCAAAGUUUAGACGGACGCGCAGUGAAGACAAGGCACUUUUCUGUGUAAAUAUACCAUCAGAACAGACAAACAACCUGCUUCACAUGGGACAGCUUUAACACUGAUGCAGGUGACUCGCAAGAUCAGAUCAUGUCUGUGCCUUUUGUUAAAGACUGGGAUGUGGUACAAACCCUCGGAGAGGGGGCGUAUGGAGAGGUGCGACUGCUGGUCAACAAGAAGACAGAAGAGGCUGUGGCUGUGAAAGUUGUGGACAUGGCAAAAGCCAAGGAUUGUAUCGAAAACGUGAAGAAGGAGGUCUGCAUAUGCAAGAUGCUCUCACACCCCAACAUUGUACGUUUCUUUGGGCACAGGAGUGAGGGGACGACUCAGUACAUAUUUUUGGAGUACUGUAGCGGAGGAGAGCUCUUUGACAGAAUCGAACCGGAUGUUGGGAUGCCAGAAAAGGAUGCACACAGGUUUUUUCAGCAGUUAAUAGCUGGUGUGGAAUAUCUUCAUGGCAUUGGGAUUACACAUCGUGACAUAAAGCCCGAGAAUAUUCUUCUUGAUGAUAAAGAUAAUCUCAAGAUCUCUGAUUUCGGACUGGCUACCAUGUUCCGCCACCGUGGCCGAGAGCGGCCGCUGUCCCGUUUGUGUGGCACUCUACCCUAUGUUGCCCCCGAGCUGAUGUCACGAUCGGCGUUCCACGCUCAACCUGCGGACACUUGGGCUUGUGGCAUUGUGCUCACUGCAAUGUUAGCUGGAGAGUUACCAUGGGACCAGCCGAGCGAAAACUGUCAGGAAUAUUUAGAUUGGCUGGAGAAGAAGAUCUACCUCACACCGUGGAAGAAAAUAGAUGCUGUGGCCCUGAGUCUGCUAUCCAAGAUAUUACUGCAUAAUCCAGAGGAAAGGUUUACCAUUCCUGAAAUGAAGAAACAUCGUUGGUUUUGCAGAAGUUUCAAAUCAGCACUAAAACGACAGAGUGACAUGCCAGUAACAAAGAUGCAUCGAGCUGACUCGGAGCUCUCACAGCUGAGACGAAAAAACAGUGAUGACAGAGCACAGAUCUCCAGCUCUCAGCCUGAACCACAGGGAUUGUGGGAGGAGAAGGAGGUUACAGUGCACACUGAUGUCAGUGUCAGCUUUUCACAACCUACCUGUCCUGACCACAUGUUGCUGGGCAGCCAACUACUUGGCACUCCGGGUGCCAGCCAGAACCCAUGGCAGCGGUUGGUGAGAAGGAUGACCAGGUUCUUUACUACAGAGAAGGCAGAGGCGUCUUGUAUUGCUCUCCGUGAUGCUUGCAUUGCUAUGGGUCACACAUGGAAACAGAGCUGCACCAAUCAGGCGACAGUGUCCACAAUGGAUCGCCGCAAUAACAAGCUGAUCUUCAUAGUACACUUCCUAGAAAUGGAGGAACGCAUUUUAGUAGAUUUCCGACUGUCAAAGGGGGAUGGUUUGGAAUUCAAGAGAAUAUUCCUGAAACUGAAACUGAAACUGUCUGACAUUAUUAGUAACCAAAAGGUUUUGCCUUUGAAUUGAUGCUUGUUCACAUUUUAACAUGCAAAGCCAACAUUCACACAUGCGUAUAUACACGCACACAAAGUUGUUUUAUGAUUGUAGAAUGUGUUUGUAGUUGUAUAUGUCUGUUUUUCUGAUCAGUCAGUGAAGGAGUGAGGAGAAACUGUCAAAUUUAGUUUAUCUGUUCAUUUGUGUUCUGUUACUGAAGUGAAGAAGAUGGUUUGAGUUCUGCUGCCUCUUGAAAAGAUGCAAGUGAAAGCAAAAUUUUAAAUAAAUCUGUCAUCA